AUGAAAGCGAUAAAAAAUCUUCAUUUAGACAACAUUACAAAUGACCUUCGACGCAAUCUUAGUUCAGUAAAUACUAGAGGUUUAUAUUAUUCCAUUUUGGCAAAUUUUAGAGGAGUAUGGAAUGCAUUAAGUACUUUAACUUUGGAACAAAAUGAAGCAGCAAAGUAUUUAAAUAUUUGGGGAAGAAGCGAAGAUGUUGAUUUGGCUGAUGUAACAGAUAAAGUUGCUACUUUAUUAGUAAAAAUAUCAGAAGCCGAAGGAAUUUUAGCUAAUAAACUUGCACAAUAUCGUGCACAAUUGAAAGAAAUACGUACCAGAGAAGAUAGAAUGAAGGAGCAACGUAGUAAAAAAGAAGCAUUAUGGAAUAAAAUUGAAAGAGAAGAACGUAAACCAAAAAGAUCAGAUCUCGCCGAACAAAAAUUAAGCGAAUUACAUUCUGAGUUGAGUAGAGCUGAAUCAGAAAGUCUUGAAGAGGAAACAGCUUUGGCAGACUUUAAGAGACAAAGACUGAGAGAUGCUUUAACAUUACAAUUGGAAUCAUUUUAUGAAUUUGGAGAAAAAUUAAUAAUGAUUACAGGAUUUUGCAAAGAAAUUGUUGAUCAAAUUCCUAUGGAAACUACUACACCUGGUGAACCGAGAGCUCCUUAUUAUGGAAAAGAUAAAACAACAACAUCAUUUUCAAAUUGUAUUUCAUCUCUUUCUUCAUGGACACCACCACAAGAACUUUAUCCAAUAGUUCCACAAAGAACACACGCCGUUUUUCCACCUCAAUAUGCAGAGUCAACAACAAAUCAUGAGAUUACUGUACCAAAUACUACUGCUGCUAAUGCAUCGCCAAUUUUUAAACCUCAAUAUUCAGAGUCAACAACAAAUCAUGAAGCUAAUUAUGAUGACAAACGUUUACCCAUUACUCCCCAAAAUUUAUCACAAGACUUGUCUCAACAAAAUAUGGCUACCAAACUAUUGCCUCAACAGCAAAUUUAUCAACCAACUCAAGAAUCAGCUCAGCAACAAAUACCUCAACAAGUGCCCCAACAAGUACCUCAACAAACGGCUCAACAAGUACCUCAACAAGUACCCCAACAAUUGCUUCAACAAACGGCUCAACAAUAUGAUGGGUCAAGAUUAUAUACUCCUCCUCCUUCUUCUAUGCAACAGUCACCACAUCAACAUGAUAGGUCACAAUUAUAUUCUACUCCUCCUUAUUCUAUGCAACAGUCACCACAUCAACAGCAACAACAGCAACAACCAUUAUAUCCCUCACCUUUAACUAUAUCAGAAAAUAAUGAACUUUCAUUGCCCUCAUCAUCCUUAAUCAAUAAUAACAACAACAACCUUAUUGCUAAAAAGUACUUUGAAGAUCCAAAUGAAGCUGAUCAUAGCGAUUUGGAACAACCAACAGAUGCAGAAAGUGAUAAAUUGAAUAUUGUUGAUAACCAAACCGAUGAUGAUAACUAUGAAAAAAAUUCAAGAUUUAAAGAAAUAACAAAUACCAAUAAUAUUGAUGGUACUAAUUAUAAUAAUGAUGUUAACAAUAAUGAUGUUAAUGUUGGUAGAGAAUCAACCUCGCCGUCUGUUAGUGAUUAUUCAUCGUCUGAUGAUAAUAGGGACAGUGCUGAUAAACUACAACAAACCAAUGCCACACAAUCUGUUCAAUUAGCACAACAAAUAAUUCAACAACAAACAUCGCAACAACAACAAAUAUCGCAACAACAACAAAUAUCGCAGCAACAACAAGCAUCGCAGCAACAACAAACACCAAAUCCAAUUGAAUAUUCAAAUAUUGGUGGCAUUAAUCAAUCUAAAAAUGUCAAUAUGGUUUUGGAAGCACUGAGACAAAUGAAUCCAUCAUCACCUGCAUCAUCACCUACACAACAACCAUCUGCAUUCAUAAAUGAUAAUUCAACACCAUCAUCGGCAGCAACUACUGCUGCCAAUGUUGCUCCUGCCUCUAGCAUUACUACCAAUACUGUAUCGUCAUUACCAAUAAAGGAUGAUGGUCAUUAUGGUGAUAAUGUCAAUCUUCUUCCAAUACCAGGAAGCAAUGGAUCUGCAAAACAUGUUACUUUUAGUGAUCCUUUAUUUAUUCUUUGGACAAAUACAUCAAUUAAAACAAAAAUACAAGCAGAUACAGUCUUAAUUGAAAAUCAAUUUAUUCCAAAUCAUUUUGUACCAUGUUUUCUAAAAGAUAGAAAGAUUGAAUCAAGUGAAAAAUACUUUCUUGAUACAAGUGAUGACAGUGAUCCAACAAUUAAAAACGACAGUGGUUAUGAUUUUCAUUGGUUAAAAGAAGCAUUAAUGGAAGAACCUUUCAAUUUAGGACCAGAUCCAACAUGCCCAGCUAUAGUUUUUGCAUUAGAAAAUUGGUAUAGAAACCAAAGUAUUGAAAAAAAGCUAACCAAAGAAAAUCAUGAUUUUCUAGUAAAAGCAGAAAAUGACAUAAGAACCUGGCCAGAAGUCAAAGGAUUAGAAUGGAUAAUUAAUGGAUGGAAAAAAUAUUAUGAAAAAAACGAAGAUGAAAAGGACAUAAUUGCAAUAAAAAUGACCCUACAACUAUAG